AGAGUGAGCAAAUCAAAAUAGAUUCAUUUACAGAGUAGGAUUGGGACGCAGCCUGAGCUGGAGAGAAUCAGCUGCUCUGGCUGUGGUGUACUGUACACACACACACACACACAGAUCCUGGAGCAGAUACCGCACAGAGGAGAAUCAGGGUGUAACAGCACAAUGCCAGCUCCAUGUAUGAGCCUGGCAGGACAGCAGAGAAACUGGAGGCAGACUGGCAAGGCAACGUUCCCGAGGCACUCCAUCCUUCCAGAAGUAGACAAGAUGAAAGGAGAUGACCCCGAUGUGAAGUCCAACAUGGAGCAGAAGCAAGCGUCCUGUUCCCCCUCAGCACAGAUCAGUAGGCACAGAAGAAACGGAAACGCUGCUGCAGAGUCUCACACGCUGAAGGUAGAUGAGAGGCUACGACUGGCUCGGGAACGAAGAGAGGAGCACCUCAAACAGCUCGCAUCACGGGAGCGUGGUUGGCUGGCCCGAGAGGAAAGAGCCCGGAAGUUCUAUGAGAAACACCUGGAGGAGCGUCAGAAAAAGCUGGAAGAGCAGAGGCAGAGGGAGGAGAGGAGGAGGAAUGCUGUGGAGGAAAAACGCAGACAGAGGCUCAAAGAAGAGCGAGAGCGGUAUGAGUCUGUGGUACAGAAGACCAUGGAGAGGAGCCAGAAAGCCAAACAGAGAAGUACACAGAGGAAAGUGUACAAUACUAAAAACAACACAAAUGCUAAACGCCGCUCUCUUAGUCAGUGGGAGAUAAACCUGGUUAAUCGCCUUCAGACCCCUACCAUCUCUUAUCUAGCCAGGAGCAGGAGUGCCGUAUGUCUGUCCAGAGGAGAAGUUUCAUGCCACACCAUGAGCAAUAGCAGUCCUCAGAAACCUGGUGGAACAUCAACCAGACACAGCAAGGCCAUCAGGCCCGGGGUGAAUGACGGAAGCCGCCAAACCUCUGGAAAUAAACCAGAUUCAAAUCCCGAGAGGCGAGAACAGAAAAAGCCCCAUUCUCACACAGCGAGUGUUAAAGUCAGCUCCACAUCAGGGACAGAGGACAAAACAAUAUCCUCGUUAACAGGACCGAAGCUGACUCUAAGAGUGUCCCCCAGUCAGGAGUGUUUGCCCCCCCUGCCUGAGGAAGAAUAUCCGAAGCCAGAGAGCACGCCGAACUCCCAUCAGCCUCAGCUUAACCAGUCAGCUACGGUGUGCUCAUACAAGGAUGUUGGGUGUGAUGGACUGGUCCAGGAGAACCCGGGCUCUAACAGACCUCUGACUGCUCCUGCAUGCUCUCACACUCCUACUGAGCGGAGUGUCGGAACUCAGAGCAGACCCUCAGCAGGAACCACAGAUCCUGAAGAGGCUUCACGUCUACUGGCGGAGAAGAGACGACAAGCUCGACUGCAGAGAGAGCGAGAAGAAGAAGAACGCAGGCAGAGGGAGGAAACAGAGCAGCGAGGGAGAGAAGAAUUAGCCUGUCGAAGAGCUGAGGAGCGAGUAAGGCAUGAGGCAGAGGCCCGGCGUGAGGAGAAAAGGAUGAGGGAGGAGGAAGAACGAAGGAAGGCAGAAGAGGAAAAGGCUCAGAGACAGAGAGAAGAAGAGAGGAGACUUCAGCAACAGAAAGAAGAAGAGGAAGAGAGGCAGAGGCUCGAGAGAGUGACACGAUUCCAGAGAGAGGAAACCGAACGGCAGGAGAGAAAGAAGCGGUUAGAAGAAAUUAUGAAAAGAACAAGGAAGACAGAUGCUGAGAAGAAACCUGCCUUGUCGUCCACGCCGCUGAAUGAGAACAUGAAACCCCUCCACAGCCUCCCCUUAGAAGAAGUGAUCAAGCUUCCCAGCCCAGCCAAGGGCUCCAUGAUAAGCUUAGCCAACGAGGAGGACAUCCUUCCCACGGUGGCCUUCAAGGAGCGCAGGUCUAUUCGCACCCUCACGGGUUUGGAGGAGAUACAGGCCCAUCAAAGGGCAGAAGUCAUCUAAAGAUGAGAUCUCCAAGGAACAUGCAACUCUGUACUUUAUAUAUGAAAGCAAGUAGAAUCGCUUCACCUGCACUUUAAGAACCUUCGACACCUUUCAUAUCUUUGAAGUGAAGCAGAAGUAUUUGACCCCCUGCUGCUCUUCUGAAACGUUAUUGUUUUUUUCAUUGCCGUUUUGAUAAAUCGCUACGUAAAGGUUCUGACUGCAAAGUUGAAUUCUGGGCAAAAUGUUCGAUUUCUAUUGCUGUUGGAGUUUCGAGAUGUUUCGCUGCUGCACACACCGUGUAUCCCAUGUGUAGGUGUUUUGCCGAGAUAAAGAGCGUCCUGCAUUUUACGAUUUUGGAGAUCACCGAAGCAAGUGAGCAACAAUAUUAUGUGACUGCCGUGGGGCGUGUUUGACCUACUUUUAACCAAAACAAGUUGGUGUGGACAAACAUCAUGGACUCGGCUCUCCUGCCAGCUAAAAGCCAGCAGAAAAGAAAAAGAAAGCCUGCCUAAUGAGUGCAACCACAAGAUAGAGCAAGGUUAGAUGAUGUCAUUUUUCUGGACAGAUAACUAAAUUAUUCUAGCUAGCGCUUAGCUAUCUUAGCCUUAGAGUGCAUGAGCUUGACUCCACAGUAGCAAGUAUGGAGUUCUACACCUAAUGUUUUAAUCUUACACAGAAACGAGAACACAAAAGCAGUAACAGAGAAAAGAUAUAUUCAUCUUUUGUUUCACAGAUUUAUUCGCGAACGUCAGCCACAAAUUACAUCCCUGUGACUCAAAACUCUCCGAAGUCGAUGCAGAGUUAUGAUGUUCUCCGUGUGUCGCCAUCUUGGUGUCAUGCAGUUCCGUAGUUAUGCUAAUUAGUUAAAGCUCCUCACGUUCGGCUGUUUCUGUAGGACCAUACUGUUUACCUCAAGAGGGAGGAAAACGGUCCCAAAACGGAGAAAAGCGACCCUCAGGACAUCAGAAUGAUCACAUCUCAUCCGCAUGAUAUUGUUCUUGUGAGAUAUAGGAAAAUGCCAUGUACAAUAAAAAAUUUUUGAAAAUUUCAGAUGACUUUGCAGUCAGCACCUUUAACUAAUAACUUCCCAGUGUAACCUUUUACGGUCAACUUCAUAAACCUGACACAAUCAUGUUAAACCCGUGUCAUGGCACAUCAUCAUAUCCAGGCUUGUCAUGUUAGUGUUGCAGAUAACCGUCUGCUUAUAUCACAUGCUUUUUUUGCAAAGUGUCCUCUAGUGCUUCAUAGUAAUGGUAGAUCUUAAGGUCAACAUGCUUUAUCUUGCAUGUCCUGAACUGUUUAUUUCUGUUAUACUAUUACAAUUUAGUAUUUAUUAAAAAAAAACAACUCACAUCAUACUUUUUAUCCAUUUGUACAGUGGCGUGCACAGACAUUUUGGGGGGCGAGUGCUCUGGGGGGAAAAAGGGCACUUUUUUGCGCAUGUGGAACACCUUAUUAUAAAAGUCUGAGAUUUAACCCUCCUCUUGUGUUCAUAAUCAUAUCAAAGUUUUGGGUAUUUUUCUGUAGUUCCAUCUUUAAAAAGUCUGAUAAAGUCUGAAAGUCUGAUCUUCCCGUCACUGACUUGAGUCUCAAGACUGUGUUUAUUCACAAAUUUCCGUGAGAUCAUCUUAAAAUUUGUAACGAAAUAUACACACUCAAUGGGCUCAACGGAGCUCUCCUUUAUUUGCAUAACGGCGUGCAUACCGAGAUAUUCUUAAUCAUGUUAUAAAAACAGGUCGGAAUUGAUGGAGAGUGGGGUUGCCUAAAUGGUUUAGGCUACAUUUAAAAUGUUGUUCAGUUUGUUUCUCCAUAUGGAAAGGGAGCAAAUAAGCUGGCAAAGGCUGCCAUGUGCAGUUGUUUCUGUAUGCGACGGGCUACUUCACGACAAAAUAAUUACAGCUUGGGCUUAGAGGGCAAACAAUACAUUUUCACUCGAUUCAUGUGUUACCUGGCUGGUGGGGCAGAGGAAGAGCUGACUGACUGCCCGAUGUGUUGUCUGCGCUACGACAAGGCCGUGGCUUCCAGGACGCUAUGCUGCUGCAACCUCACAUUGAAUGCACUGCACGCUUGUUCACGUGACAGAGCAAGACAGACAGAGGUCCGGUGUGUGUGCGGAGGGGGCACACAUCGGGACAUUAUUUUCACACACGCUUUUAAUGCCGCGGCUUUUCUAAAAGAUCAUGUCGACAUUGGCCUCAGUAAACUGUCCAAUCUCGUCAACUGUCUAAAUGCUGUUAACAACUGGAUGGUGCAGAAUUUUCUUAAAUUAAAUCAAGACAAAACAGAAGCCAUCCUCAUUUCCACCCCUUCUAUCUUGAAAAAACUGGAGCACUCACAGCUAUCUAUUCCUGGUUAUUUCACUUCCACUACUGUUGAAGUAAGAAAUUUGGGUGUUAUUCUGGACUGUACUCUCUCUUUUGAUUCACACAUUAAAAGUAUCACUAAAACAGCUUUUUUUCACCUGAAAAGUCUCUCCAAACUCCGUCCCUCCUUGACUUCAUCAGCAGCUGAAACACUUAUACAUGCUUUUGUCACCUCAAGACUGGACUACUGCAAUGCCCUGCUCGAUGGCAUCCCAGCCAAGUGACUAAAUAGGCUGCAAUAUGUCCAAAACUCAGCUGCUAGGGUACUCACUCACACCAGGCCCUGGGAUCAUAUCACGCCUGUUCUAUACAACCUGCACUGGCUCCCAGUUAAAUACCGCAUUCAGUACAAAAUUAUUUUACUUGUUUACAAAUCCCUACAUAACCUGGCCCCUCCCUAUUUAUCAAAUCUCCUAACUCCAUAUCAGUUACCUUUAAAUCUUUGCUCUACAGAUGCCCACCUAUUAGCAGUCCCUUACUCUCGGCUCUGUUCUAUGGGUGGCAGAGCUUUCAGUGUAAAUGGCCCAAAGCUGUGGAAUGCCCUGCCACUAGCGUUACGCCAAUGCUCAACACUCAACACUGUCCUCUUUCAAAAAAACAGCUAAAAACACAUCUCUUUAGCUUGGCUUUUUCUCUUUAAUUUUUAAUAAUGUUGUUAUUGUUAUUAUUGAUUUCUUAUUAUUGUUAUUUUAUUGUUCUGCUUUUAUUGUUUGUUUUCUACUGUUCAGUGUCCUUGGGUACCUUGAAAGGCGCUUAUAAAUGAAAUGUAUUAUUAUUAUUAUUAUUAUUAUUAUUAUUAUAAACUGUAAAAAAAAAUUUCAAAAGGGCACUUUUUUGGACAGAGGGCAGAGGGGCAGGUGCUUGAGCACCACCUCGUGUCUAUCUGUGCACGCCACUGCAUUUGUAGUUACAUUUAAACAAGCUCGUACCUGUUCUCACUUAUGUUAUAGCAGCUAUAAACAGUCUUUCCCUCA